AUGCCACGAUUUGAAAGUUGUAUGCAUGAUGCAAAAGUUGCAAGUAUUAUGUAUAGUUAUAAUUCUGUUAAUGGUGUACCAUCAUGUGCAAAUCAAUUUAUACUAGAAAUCAUUGCACGUGAAUCACAUCAUCUUCGUGGUUUUGUUGUUAGUGAUUACGGUGUUGUUUCAACAAUUAUGAAUGAAAAUCAUUAUACAUCAAUAGUAGAAGAUACAGUUACUACUGCAUUACAUGCUGGACAGGAUUUUAAUUGUGGAGAUUUUUAUUCAUCACACACUCAAGCAGUAUUAGAUAGAAAAAAUAAUUGUUCAAGCUAA